AAUUAAAAUUAUGUAUAAUAUAUUCUAUCUUGUUUUUUUUUGCAAUCAACAUUUGCAAUUCAUAAUGUUAUCGACUGCGAAUGCAAUAUAAAAAAACUGAUCAAUCCAUCUAGCAAUGAUGAUUCUCUUUUCUUGUAUUACAACAUGUAAGGGGGUCUCCAGUUAGCAGGCUUCGGAAUUCUCACUCAUGUGAAUGAAAACCUGCGAUUAAUCCAUUUAGCGGAGUGUGAUUUUUCAUGGUCCCCCUGUGAGGAAGUAUUCUCACACAACAUUUUUAUCCGGAUAGAAUGGCGGGUGAUAAAUUCGUGAGCGGCUGCUCGCCGGAUAAUUUAAUUUUAAUCCACAAAUUUUCCUUCUCGUCGCCUCAUCAGAUAAAUUUUACAAGCAUAUUUACAAAAAAAUAGGACCGCAACGGGAUUCGAACCCAAAACAAUUUUAAAAUGUUCAGAGCGCCCACUAAACCCACGCCACCACAUGAAUUGAUUGAAAGCGAAAGGAAAAACUGCUGUAUUGAACCUUCUGCUUAUCGUGGCGCAUCGUCAGAUUCAAUCAGCUGGCGAGGCAAAGCAAGCGGCAUUUGAUUUUCGCGAAACAUGGGAAGAAGGAUAACAAUUUUUCGCACCAUCGCUUGUGCCGGAGUUUAUCGCACUGUAAUUUAUCCGGGUAAAAUGCAUGGUGGAGUGAUCAGUUGUCGCGUGAGUGAGUGAGAAAUCCGAACCCUGGCAGUUAGUCUUGCGAGCAAAGGCGUAGGAUUUCCAAUCCGGGAAUUUAGUGAUUCGGUUGCCCGAAAUUUAUAAAAUCAAACUAGGAACGUCAGUUUGAAUCCGAGGUACCUAUUUAGGAUUUUUUUUUUAUGGUUAAUUGGGGCAAUGUACCAUCCACAGGCAAACGUGAAGCGAUUUCACAAACAACUGAAGAGCGUUAUCACUAUAGACACUGUAGAUUCCAUAGACGAGCGGAGGAACCAAAAGUUUUUUUUUGGAAACCAUGAAUACUCAUAAAUUUGGAUGGCAACUCUGAAUUAUGUUCAAGCCUUGAAUCAACUCGUGUAAAUAAACAAGCGAAAAAAAUUGUUGGGGUUGUAUACAAGACACGACCACCGCUCGACGUAAACUACGUUAAACCAAAUAUAGUACACUGAACCGAUUAUUCCGCUCUAUGUAGAAGAAAAGGAACUAUCGCGCCGACACUACUACCCAGUUUUAGCAGCAUCUCCCACUCUGUGAGGGAGUAGGGACCCCACUGUCUAGCGGCUGAGCCAUCCCAUUCAUACACCCCAGUUCAACAAUUGAUAAUACCCUAAAAGUAGGCAAUUACCCAGGAUUGGAACACGCUGCAUAGUAAAUGCAUGAUGCGUAAAAGAACUAAAUUUUUUAAUAGUGUGAUAAGUUUCAAUACUACUGGCAAAUUGGUGGAGAAUUUGCGAAUCGAUUGAUAUAUGAUGAUGAUGAAUUCAUUGAAAGAUAUAGGACCUAUUAAUGUUACAAAUCUAACAUGAUUUCUCGCUUAACUUUUCAAAAGGACCUAAGUAACGUUUUUUUCAUGAUUUAAUUUGAAUAUUGCAAUCAACAGAACAAAAUGAAAGCUUUUGAUUGCAGUACUUAAAUUAAUUCAUGAAAAAAAUGUUACUUAGGUCCUUUCGAAAACUUAAGCGAGAUUUCGUGACGGUCCCCAAUUUUGAAAUUUUCAUUUUACUCCCUGUAUACGAGUCUUCCCCUUAGACGUAGUUUACGUCAAAAACAAAACAUAAUAAAAUGAAGUGCUCGGCGAAGUUUUGUAAAAAUGAAUCAAGGAGCAGUGUCCGUAAUCUUUCUUUUUUUUCGAUUUCCGCGCAAUAAAACGGAUGCUGAUAAGUGGAAACAAUUUUUUGGAUUACCGGCAGAUUUCCAACCGACCGGACAGCACCGAAUUUGCAGCGUAAUUAAACGGCAUAUUUACGUUCGCUUUGAUUUUUAUUUUACCUACAAUUGAAUUACAGUUGCACUUUCGUGAGGACGACGUGUAUAUGGACCCGGAUGUCAAAAUCCGUUCCUUUUUACGAAACGGUUGCUCAAGUAGGUGACACUACGAGGCGAAGAAAAUUUUCAGACUACUUCGAUUCCGAUUCGGAAAAUACGCCACCCUCCGGCACUGCGGCUACUUUUUUGGACCAAGCAGAAUACAUGGAAUAUGAGUUCCUAGAUGAAGCAUUUGUUCAUCCAAAAGGAUUGGGAUUUCGGCUUGAAGCAGAAGCAAAAAGUUUGCCAACGGCAAAUGAUUCAAAAACCAGUUGCAACAGCUGCGAAACGGCCGCUAAGAGAAGGUAGAACGAUAAAAAGUAAUUCGAACGAUAUUGGUUUUAAUUCAAAUGAGAAUUUAUCCAAAUAUUUUUUAAUGCAGAACUAUAGUAGAAGGGUUGCGAACCAAAUUUUCAUGCGGCACGAAAGCUUACACUGAGUGUAAAAAGAGAAAACUCCCAAGUACCCGCACAUUGUGCGAGCAUUUGCAAGGUCUUCGCUUUGACAGUGGUUAUCUAACCGAGAUUCUCAAAUUCCUGCGCCUGAAAAUCAAGGACAUACCAGAAGAUGACCUAGGCUGUGCUUUACUGUUCGAUGAAAUGGCUAUUCAACCUGGAAACAACUUUUGUUCGAACCUCAAAAAGUACGUCGGCAAUGUCACGCUACCAGAACAUACCGGCGUCGCAACACAUGUUCUAGUAUUCAUGCUAACGAAAAAAAAGCACUGGAAGCAGGUUAUUGGAUAUCAUUUAACCGGAGAUUCCAUCAAGAGCGGCUGCCUUAAAAAUAUAAUUUUUGAUUUAAUCCGAAAAGCCGAGGAAAUCGGAUUUCGUGUACACGCUGCCAUCAGUGACUGUGGAGGAAAUAAUAAACGGCUCUGGAACGAUGUUGGUAUCCAACAUACACAAGCAACAGUUAUGUCGAAUAAGCCAAUUCAGCACCCCUGCGACGAGAAUCGCAAAUUAGAAAUCAUGCCGGAUGUAGUACACGUUUGUAAGAGCAUGAUCCAAGGUUGGAUUGCCAACAGAACGAUCCAACUCCCUAACGAUGUAGUUAAACGAAACGAUUUAUCUACACCGAUUGCUGUUAUAAAUCAUCUUACUGAUAUUGUUUCUUUCGAGGGACAUUGUGACCUUAAAAUGGCCUCUGGUUUGACCAAAGAUGACGUCAACUCUACGAAAGCUUUAACAAACUUUGAAAAAAUGAAGGUGCGAAAUUCACAGUCACCACACAGUUGCAGCGGGACUGCGGCUAUUUGCGAAGGAAAGUGGAAGAACCGAUGUGCUGACGACUGCCUUCCUGAUUGAACGCAUGGCGAAAUGGUUUGCGCUUAUGACAUCCCGAACAAGAGGAUUAGGUUUAAGUUUGACCGUUAUUGAUGCUUACGAUAAUGCUGUGCUUGAGCUUCAGGAGUUCUGUUCCCUCGUUUUUGCAUUUAAAGUUGGAUUUAAAGGUAGCUGGAAACCUUGGCAGUCCGCAGUUAUUUUGGCUACAAGCUGUUUUCUUAGAUUGGCAAACUAUUUCUUGCGAAUCAGAAAUUACUGUUUUAUUCUGGGUAGCCGGUUCUCGCAUGAUUGUCUAGAAAAUUUGUUUUCGCAAAUUAGACGUCGACAGCUUCGCCCUUCUGCCGUUCAAGUAAAAGAUAACUUGAGGUUGCUCACUGUCUCCCAAUAUAUGGAAGAUGUUAGCAAUACUUCUUAUACAUGGGAUUCACGAGAAUGGCUCCUCAAUUUUCCAGAUCAUUUGAGAAACUUGAAUGACUUAAGAAGUGAGGCGGUUAAACAAGAUGAACCAAGUUUUUCUCAAUCAAUGGUUCGUGACUUACCCAACAUUGAGGACGACGAUGACACUGGCAUAGAGAUGUGAACUAAUUUAUGCACUCGGUCUUCGGAGCAAAAUGUGGUGUAUUACAUAUUGCGAGAACAGAGAAAACUUCUAAUUUUGCGGAGCAAAGAAGAAGAAGAAGACUGAGUGUCGGAAACUUCAAAUGACAUGCACUGUGCGAAAAGUGUUGAUAUUCCCUGAUAUCA